GUCCGCGUCAGCGUCGGUGCUGGAGCCCUUGUGGCCGUGGCUCGCCCCCCACGGCACCGGCGAGAGAAAGACCUUCCAGCUCCAGGUCGCGGCGCCGGAGGACCUCAGCCUGUGACAGUGGGGGCGCGCUUGGCCGCAGCGCAUCAAGGGGUGGUGGCGUCGCUCGUCGCCGCCGCGGACGACGAGGGCGCAAUCGGAGCGUGCGCGGGCGAGCAGGCUGGCGUCGAGCACGGGGACGUUGAGGCGCUGAACGUCGUGCUCGGCGCCGCCCGACGGCCGUGCCAAGAUCGCGGACUUCGGGUGCGGUGUGGGCUCCAAGCGCCCAAUCGGGUUGGGCGCGCGGUGCAUAGCCCGGCCAUGCCGUGGCGGCCACCGCGCCGGCGUGGCGGGCUGUGCCGCAGCCCUGCCUGGGCGGCGUGCCGCCGGUCGAGGCAGGGACGCGUGCUCCGGGCUUCCGGCACCACGUCCCUGCAGUACACGUACUCGAGGAAAUGCCCAGAAGAGGCGCGGGGCGGCAACGCAACGCAAGCCGCCGCCCCCUCGCAGCACCGGAGAGGAAGACAACGCUGACAGGUGGGACCACCUUCCCUCCUGGCGGCGCCGGCCCCACUCGAAAUUUCGAAAUAUAGUUUCGAAUUCCUUCUGCUUGCCAAAGCCCAGCCGGUCUCCUUCUCCGCAGUUCGCCUCGGCCCGGUGCUGUUCCACCAAUCCACCUCCUCCUCACCCGUCCACCCCGCCGCUGACCGCUGCGAUGGCUGGCGCCGGCGCCGGCGCCUCCCCCGGUGCCGACCCCGCCGCCUCUGGGUGGAAGGUUUGGUUUCGUGCUAAGGCUCAGAGCUCCUUCGACGCACUCACCACAAUAGACUACGAGCGUGAAGAAGUUGGGAAGACCGCCAGGCAGAUCAGGGAUAUGAGGAGAGCGAAGCUUCGAGGCUAUUUUGCCAUUUGCAUGUUAGGCUUGGGAACAAUGCACUGGGGAGGGGCUCAGAAGGUUUUGGACCACAUGAACAAGGGCGAGGGGAACAAGGAAUUGGUCAACAUUUGUGUCCGAUUCCUCACUUUCUCUUUCAAUUGCUCCCUGCUUGGCCUUACUGCUGGUACAUUUCACACCACUGCCCCCUGGGCACUUUUCUUUGCUGGACUUGGUGCCUGGCAGUCCUUCCUAUUCUUACUGGCACUAUUCCAUCUUGAAACAAGAAAGUACCAUCUGGAGGAAAGUCAUGCAAAUUAUUCAUUCUACAUGAGUGCUUUGCUGUUCAGUUUGCAUUGGUCCUAUGCUGCUCAGGAUCCACUGAUUUUGCAUGCUGUUGGCAAGAUUAUCAUAUCAUCUAUGCACCUCCUUUUGUACCUGAUAAGUUGGAUCUGGUCCAAGUGUGCUUUUGGAAGCUUGUUUCACAAGGUCCUUUCUUGCUCUGGAAACCCAAGGAACAUGCUUCCACGAAUUAAUCGCCGGCGAGACUCCUAGGCCCCUGCAGUUCACGGUACAGUGCAUUGAUGUUACAAACGGCUCAUACUGCACAAUAUGGUGACCAAGCGCCCACGUCCAGAGUAGGGUGUGUGAGUAGUAGUGCUAGAAUAAGGUAGUUGUAGAGUAGCAGCCGCCGAUGUCCCAUUCCGGCGUGAGAGUCAUGAGUAGUGUUGAGCCGAGGACCAAAUGCCGGCAAAGUUGUCAUGAUGAGUCAUGUAAUCGUUAAGAGUCACCCCUUUUGAGUUUUUCCACGAUGUAUCAUUAGAGCGUGAGGGGGGUGUGCUAUCCAAGGGUUAGGGCGUAGCCUCGGAUAAGCAUUGGUGUCUCUUGUACCACAUGCAUGUUUGAUUGAGUGAUUGGAUUUAUGAUGAUGCUUUAUGUUUU